CAUGACGCCAUAUUAGGCUACAUGCUACGCUUAGGUCACUGGAACAGAGUUAUUGUACGUGUUUCUGUAAUAAUUCUCUAUUGUAAUAUGAUAUUCUAGUUUGUUAUUUGUGUGAGUGUACUGAUGUUUAUUGUAUCUGGAUUAUUACUGGAAUUGGAAGUCGACUACCGAUUUCAUAGAAAAGUGCAUCAAAAAGUGAUUUCGAGUGAAAUGUAUCACAAUAGUGUUUUUUCUCUUGGUUUCUUAUUCCCGAAGUGUUGAACAUAAGUAAUAAAAUUAUUAGUCAGAUAAUGUGUUACUGUAUUCGUUUGGUGAUAUACAAAUGAAGUGGACAGGAAUUUGAGAUCUUAACUCCUGACGAUCGAAUCUGUACAGGGAGUCACCCUAAAAGAAUUUGUUCAAAUUGUGUUUCUGAAGUUUCAUUAAUAGCGUCUAGCAAAUAAGGAAUAUAUUAAUAAUGAUGUCAGGUACAAAUAGCCUUCCUGGUAAAUGUGGAGGUUGUUGUAGUCUGGUCACUAGUGGGCUAAUUUGUACAGACUGAUGGUACUGUUUCCAUUUAAACUGCAAGCACUAGCCCCAGUAUACCAGACAGGAGCAGGCCAUGGUAUUGUGUCCCAUAUUGGGUGGCACCCAAGGCAUACUACAGAACAACAGGAUCGUUCGACUACUACAAAAAGGGAACCGGGAUAGUGCGGUCAGUAUAGCGACUGGCUACGGAAUGAACGGCCUAGUGGUUGGAGUUCAAGUCCCGAUUCAACCUUCAUCUUAUGACUGGAUUGGCUUAUAUCCCCAUGGAUGGAAGAAUUUGCAUCAGUAUAUUACCUUUGAAUGGGUAAUCACUCGCCCCUGUGAAGUAGCAUUACAAAGAAAUGUUCUCUUCCAAUGUAAAUACCACUCAGAAGAUGUGUGGACUGACAAGAAAUACCAGUUCAUAUACGUUAAUAAGCAGCUUGAGGUAUUGGGGUGCAGUCAAUAUUUCAGGUUUCUAGGAGCAGGCCUAUUUACAGACACAAGGAAUAAUGUUCAUAGUGUUUCGAGUGAAAAGGUGGGGUCAUCAGAAGAACAAAUCUCCAAAAUGAAGGAUCAUAUCCAGGACCUGGAGAAUGACUUGCAGAUGAGUCAGUUGGUUCAGAAGCAACUGGAACUUACAGUUCAUCAUUUAAAAAGAGAGAAGCUGUCUUACAAGAAGUUUGUGAAGGAGUUGAUCUGUGCAUUAUCACAGAAGGGUAAUGCUCGAAUCAUAGAUGGCCAAGGAUCUGAGAUGCUGGUGAAGAAAGUUUCUAGCAAUGAUAAACACCAUCCUCAGGAUGCUGUAAGAACAUCUCGCAAGGAGGGUUUGCUGAAAACUGUAGACAGCUCUCAGGAUCAAACGAUACAGGAACUGCUCAUGCAACUUGACACAGUUUUAGCCAUGAAGAUGGAACUUCCAACCACAUAUCAGAACAACAUAGAAGAAGAGCCUCCAAACCCUGUGGAGCCGAUGAAGCAGGUGGCUCGGUCUCUCUUUGCAGUUACGCCUUGUGAACAAGUUGGCACAAUAGUGGAAGUCCCAGAACCUGAAAGGGGACUGAAUGAUCAGCAAAACAAUAUGGAAGGUGCCUCUGUCAGUGACCCCUGUGAAACUGGUAGUCACUCUCAAAAAUUUUGAGUCACCAUCUCAUGAUGAAACAGAAUCAGUUUGCUCAGUUGGUAACAAAGAACAGAUGCUGGGUAAGCCCACCGAUAAAGGAGCAGAGAAACAAGAGUUUCCCGAUUACUGUGCAGAAUCUAUCAAUGAGAAAACCCACAUAAAUAUUAACAGCAAACCUUUUGAGCUCCUUAGAAGCCAUCUACAUUAGGUAUUGAAACAGAAUCUGUGAAAAUUGAUGGUAUUCAAUAUGUGACUUCUGCUGAUGGACAGAAGUCAUCAUCAGUUGUGAUUUGUAAGCUGUGAUACUUCAGUAUUGUCCUGUUAUACGUAUGGGAUUACACAUGAAAUGUAUGUACCAUUUUAUUGUAACAUUGCUCAUCAACUAAAAUGCAUGGAAUUGAAAACUAAAUGCAUUUGAAUAGGUUAAAUGGUGAAGUUUUUGCAGAUGUUUAAUGAGGGCACUGUGAAUGGUGUGGCAGAUAUCAUAUCUUCAUUCAGUUUCAGGUGACAGACAGUUGAGGGCAACUGUAACCACUGCAGCUUUUAUCCUGCCAGCAACUACCACCAAAGUGGUAGUACAUACAUCAUUCUUCAUGGCGAGUAAGAUCAAGUGAAUUAUGUGGCCGAACAAUAGGUCCAUCCCUGCCAGUCCGUUUCCUGGGAACAUUCAGUUCAUGAAGUUCAUCACUUCUUUGUGGAAUUUUGGAGGUGCCCUGACCUUAUGGAACAAUAUGUCCAUUUGACAAAGACUGAUUGUCUCCUGUGGUGUCUUCCUUUACAGAUGGAGCUGACCUGAUCAAACAGUUUAUACCACGAUUCUGCAUUUCAGCAUCCCAUUGCAAUUGUUCAAAUUAGCGUCCAUUGUCUAUGUAAAGGUGUUGCAAUUUUUACGGAAGAUAAACAAUGGACGCUAGUUUAUACCACAUGUGAGUCAACAUUCCUAUCCAAACACUAUGAAAUCUCCUAUAUACAGACCUACACUCCUGAAACCACAGAUCACAUUUACCUCUUUCUAUUUGAGACUCCGUUUUUACAGGUAUGAAUCCAAUGCUUCUGCUAGAAAGAUGUAACUAAAAUGACAUGAAUUUAAAACGUGGUCAUAUAACCUUCUCAGAUGCAUUUAUUUUUCAUUCAUCUUCCUUUCAGUUCAUUAACAGUGUUACAGUAAAAUGGUAUACAUUUCAUUUGUACAUCAUCUGUUUGUGUUAACAGUUCAAUAUUUGUUUCCUUUUAGAUUCUCAGGGAAGAGGCAUUUUACAGUUUCUGAAAUGUGAAGGUCUACCAUGUUUUUCCAGUAAAUAGGCUGUGGCCCAUUACAAUAAAAUAUUAUUAUUUUAAAAAACUUGGAUAGUUUAGUGUUAGCAUAAGGUACAUUGUACAAGAGAAAAUUCAUUGUGAUUUUAUAUACAACUAGCACUGAGUUUAAGGACAGUUCAUCUUACACAUUACUUGUGUAACUUCUAGUUUUAAUUUUACAGCACCUCUUAAGGUGUAAUAUAUGACAUAAGCUGGCUGCAUAUCUGUAUUUUAUUACUGUUAUAGUGUUAUCUAUUAUUCAUCGUCAAAUAUGUGAAGACAAUUUUGCAAUUUUUUAUAACAUGAAAAAGAGUUCUAUGAUACAAUAAAUACAGGAAUUGAA